AUGAGCUCACAGGGUACCUUUCGUCGCGAUGCAGUCGUGUUCACGACAAAGGCCCCAGCACCUCUGCCUGCUUUCUCACAAGCCAUCAAGGCCAACAACAUGGUAUAUGUCUCCGGCAACGUGGGCAUUGACCCGGCCACCGGAAAGCUUCAGGAGGGAGUCGCCGCCCAGACCACGCAGAUCUUGAACAACCUGAAGGCUGUACUUGAAGAGGCCGGAUCCGGUCUUGAUAAAGUCAUCAAGGUCAACGUCUUUAUCACAGACAUGGGCAAGUUUGCAGAGUUAAACAAGGCUUAUUUGGGGGUUUUUGAGGAGCCCCAGCCGGUCCGUACUUGUGUCCAGGUUUCUGCGCUCCCAUUUGAAGCCGAGGUGGAGAUGGAGUGCCAGGCUCUGCUAUGA